AUGGUUAAGAAGGGUAAGGACAAGAGCAGCACCCCUGCUGCUCCUGCUGCGUCAUCUUCAACCUCAUCCAAGUCAAAGUCAAACAAGAAGCCCCCGGCCGAGGAUGACUUCAUCAUCUUCACGAACGACACCAAGGGCGGCGGCAAGGGAAAGAAAGGAGGCGAUUCAGGCUCAAGUAAGCCCAGUGCAUCAACGUCAGCAGGAGCCGGUGCUGGCGAACCUGCCGAUGGGCCGCCGAAGCCCACAGUCAAACAGAUAAUCGGGGGCCAGUCUUGGACGGGCAAACUGCCUGUCAAUCUACUUUCCGAACACUGCCAGAAACAGAAGUGGGAAAGGCCAGACUAUGACACUCGUAAAUUUUCUGAGGGCUUCUCAGUUUUGGUCACACUCAGCAAGAAGGAUCCUAAAACCCAGGAAAUCACCAAACUACCGCCGUUCAAAUUACCGCCUAGUCAUGUACAUCUGGCAUACAAACCUACCGCACUGGAAGCAAAGCAUUUUGCGGCUACGUAUGCUCUCUUCAGGGUGAAUAGCAUGAAGAACCUGAGCAUGAUAUUGCCUCCCGACUACAAAAGCCUGUGGAAAGAAUUCGAUGCUUUGAAGAAGCAGGAUGUCAAGGAUGGCAAAGGAUGGAUGUAUGACGCUGAUCCGUUCGCAACGAUUAAGGAAAGAGAAGAUGCCAAAGUCACUGCUGAGAAGAAGAGAAAAGAGCAGCAAGCGGUCAAAGAAAAGGCUGCGAAUCUACCAGGUGCCGCUGGCUUGGUGCUGAGGAGCAAUGCAGCUGCGGCUGCUGGUGGUGGUCACAACCCGAUGAAGGGAUGGACCACUGUACCAAAGAUUGAGAUGGGAAGCCGGACUCGCGCCCAUCUUGAAAGUCUUGUGCGACGUGAAUGUCUGUGGAACCCUCAUGGCGUGAGGAUGAGCGUUCCUGACAAGGCUGCAAUCAUCAAUGAAUUUAGAGGCUUGGGGUUUCGGUUAAGCCACGUGGAGGAAGCUGUCGGAGAAUGCAAAGACCGUGAAGAGACCUUGGAGUGGCUCCUGAUUCACGUUCCUGAAGAUGAUCUCCCAAAAUGGGCCUUGCCCGAAAGCUACUCGGCAGGAGUUACCGUUCAGUCAACCGAUUUGCGCAGAGAAGGUGCAAUUCAGCGACUGUCGCAGUCUGGCUACUCCGUCGAGCUGUGCAAAAAGGUUUAUGAUGAUUGUGGUGGAGAUGAGUGCAAGGCUGCUCUAAAGUUACAGACAAUAUUGCUAGCCAGUGGUGCAGAUACCGAUAUCGAUGGUCUGGAUGAUGGACAUGAUGUACCACUAGAGGAACUUUCUCAACAACGGCAAGAUGAAAUAGAAAGCCUGGAGUCGGUCUAUGGAAACCAUUUCAAUCGUAUCUCGGCUACGAUCUGCCAGGUCCGUCUAUCAUCUGUGGACAACGGUCCAAAGAAGAACAUCGAGGCCCUCAUUCAGUUCCGCCAUUCUCCUGACCACCCAUCGGAACACAUCCUUUCAGUGAUUGCAGAUCUUCCCGCAUAUAUCAAACUAAGCAUCAUCAAGAAGACGUUGGCCUAUAUGAAAGAGUCUUUGCAAGACGAAGAGAUGAAAAUGUUCUACAUCAUCAGUUGGGUGCAGGAGAACAUCAACGACAUCAUCAAUCGCCCAGGCGCUCUCCGUGAUAUCGCUGCUGUUGCAUCGGCGGCUUCAGAAGAGAAGAGCUCCGCCGCUAGAAGGACUUCUCGAAGAGCAGCAAGGCAUCCAAGACCAAUCCGCUGGGCCGUGGAUGUCAAGAGCAAAGACGAAUGGCUUGCACGGCAAGAAACUGCGUCGUAUAAGAAGAUGCUUGCACAGCGUCAGAGACUGCCGGCUUGGCAGGUCCGGGAGGAUGUUGUACAGACGGUCACUGACAAUCAAAUCACGAUCAUAUCUGGUGAGACGGGAUCAGGAAAGUCGACCCAAUCCGUGCAAUUUGUCUUGGACGACCUCUACCAACAAGGCUAUGGUAAUUGCGCCAACAUUAUCGUCACUCAACCUCGUAGGAUCUCUGCCCUUGGCCUGGCAGACCGUGUCAGCGAUGAACGGUGUUCACAAGUUGGUCAAGAGGUUGGCUACUCGAUUCGUGGCGAGAAUAAAACGAGUGGUAAGACAAAGAUCACAUUUGUCACUACGGGUGUAUUACUGCGACGUUUACAGACAUCUGGCGGCCGCAUCGACGACGUUGUGGCGUCCCUCGCGGAUGUCAGCCAUGUAGUUAUUGAUGAAGUGCAUGAGCGAAGUCUAGAUACUGACUUCCUCCUGAGCAUUCUUCGCGAUGUGUUACUCAAGAGAAAGGAUCUGAAACUUAUACUUAUGAGUGCAACACUUGAUUCUGCAACAUUUGCAGAUUACUUCAAGGCAGAUGGGCUUUCAGUUGGGUUGGUUGAGAUCGCUGGGCGAACUUAUCCUGUCGAGGAUUUCUAUCUGGAUGAUAUCAUCCGCAUCACCAAUUUCAAUCUUGGGCGUGAUGAUUUCACUGAUAGUAGAUCUGCAGAUCAAAAAGGGGAGUAUCAGGAUCCUGUCGCGAGGACUAUCCAAAGACUAGGCAUGAGGAUCAACUACAAUUUACUGGUUGACACAACAAAGGCACUGGAUGAGGAAUUAUCGGACACACAGAAAUCUGGUGGUAUCCUCAUUUUCCUGCCCGGAGUGGCUGAGAUCAACCAGAUAUGCAACCUGCUCAGGUUCGCAAACUCUCUUCAUGUACUCCCACUACAUGCGUCACUGGAGACAAAGGAACAGCGAAAAGUGUUUGCUGCACCGCCUCCAGGCAAGAGGAAGGUAGUCGUGGCAACAAACGUCGCCGAGACCUCCAUCACAAUCGAUGACAUAGUUGCAGUUAUCGACAGUGGAAGAGUCAAGGAGACCAGCUAUGACACGCAAAAUAAUAUGCGAAGGCUUGAGGAGACCUGGGCUUCUCUAGCUGCUUGCAAACAACGACGAGGUCGUGCUGGCCGUGUACAAGCCGGCAAGUGCUUCAAGUUAUAUACACGCAACUUAGAGCAGCAAAUGGCCGAGCGACCAGAUCCUGAGAUCCGCCGAGUACCACUGGAGCAGCUGUGUCUUUCUGUCCGUGCUAUGGGCACUAGAGAUGUCGCUGGUUUCCUUGCGCGAGCUCCGACGCCCCCAGAAGCCACCGCUGUCGAAGGGGCAAUCACCAUGCUGCGCCGAAUGGGUGCCCUUGAUGGUGACGAGCUUACAGCUCUCGGCCAGCAAUUGGCAAUGAUCCCAGCGGAUUUGCGUUGCGGCAAGCUAAUGGUGUUUGGAGCAAUAUUUGGUUGCCUGGAUGAUUGUGUGACCAUUGCCUCAAUAUUGAGCUCCAAGAGCCCCUUUGUUUCUCCACAGGAAAAACGCGACCAGGCCAAGGAGGCAAAGAUGAGAUUCGCAAGGGGAGACGGUGAUCUUCUCACAGACUUACGGGCAUUUCAGCAGUGGGAUGACAUGAUGCAAGAUCGACUCCCUCAAAAGCAAAUACGGAGCUUCUGCGAAGAGAACUUCCUUUCGUAUCAGACGAUGUCGGACAUAUCGUCGACGCGAACGCAAUACUACUCUGCUCUUGCAGAGAUUGGCAUCGUAUCAUCUGACGAGGUAUCAGCGGCACGGCAUCAGGGCCGCGGUUCACCUUCCAUGGCGCUUCUGCGUGCCUUGACCGCUUCUGCGUUCAGCCCUCAAAUUGCUCGCAUUCAAUUCCCCGACAAGAAGUUUAUGGCGUCAAUGUCCGGUGCUGUAGAGCUCGAUCCAGAGGCUAAAACUAUAAAGUAUUUCUCAAAGGAUAACGGGCGAAUCUUUGUGCACCCAAGCAGCACUUUGUUUGAUAAUCAAGGCUUCUCCGGUAACGCUUCGUUCUUGUCUUACUUCACCAUGAUGUCUACCUCGAAGAUAUUCAUCCGAGACCUCACACGUAAGUAA